AUGAGUGGAUAUUCUGCAAAUAAUAAUAAUAAUAAUAACGGUAAAUAUUAUCCAGGUAGAAGAUACAAUAAUAAUAAUGAUGGUAGUAAUGAUGAUACCACAUCAGGUAAUAAUGGUAUAAACCAUCGUUCAUAUCAUCAAAAUAAUACACCAACAAGAUAUCAAAAUAUAAGACCUAAUAGUAGUAUACGUGGAGGACGUUAUAAUUAUAAUAAUAAUUAUAAUACUAGUACUACUUAUAAUAAUAAUAAUUAUUCAUCACAACAACGUUAUAAUCCAAACACUAGAAAUUAUUAUAAUAAUAAUAAUAAUAGUGGUAAUAGACAAUAUUCACCAUAUUCGAAUGAUAAUCGUAAUUAUCAUAGUAGUAUUCCAAGUAAUAAUAAUAGUAUUAUAGACAAUGAAUUAGCUGCAGAAAUUGAUAGUAAUAUGAAUAGAUCUAGUAAUAAUAAUUCUAGUUAUCCUCAUUCAUACCAACAAUAUCAAAAUAGUAAGAAUAUACCAUAUCACUAUAAUAACAAUAACUUAACUCAAACUCAAACUCAAAGUAGUACCAGUACUGGUACUACUGGUAAUACUACUACUGGUAGUAAUACAAAUACCAGUAAUAAUAAUACUAAUGCUACAUAUGGUUCAUCAUCGUAUGUUAAAAGAAAAUCGAUAAAUAAUGUUAGUGAAAUUAAUAAUAAUGAUUCAGUAUAUUUAAGGUUAACUGAAUUAACGAAUUUAUCAGGUAUCAGCAAGAAUGAAAUGAAUUUAAUAUUUAAUGAGAAUGAUGAGAUUGAUACUAAAUUAAAUGAUCUUAAAAUGGACCUCGUUCAACGUGAGAUGGAAAUGACGAAUUUAAUUAAUUCCAUUGAAAGAGAUAAUUUAAAUGUUAACUUAACGCAAGAAAAUUUAGAUGCCUUAUUAUUAACUAUGUAA